AUGGAUCCCCUGAACCUGUCCUGGUACAACAAUGAGAUUGGCAACAGGAACUGGAGCAAGCCUCUCAAUGGGUCCGACACAGAGCAGAAGCCUCACUACAACUACUACGCCAUGCUCCUCACCCUCCUCAUCUUCGUCAUUGUCUUUGGCAACGUGCUGGUGUGCAUGGCUGUGUCCAGAGAAAAAGCCCUUCAGACCACCACCAACUACCUGAUCGUGAGCCUGGCCGUGGCAGAUCUACUGGUAGCAACGCUGGUGAUGCCCUGGGUGGUCUACCUGGAGGUGGUCGGGGAGUGGAGAUUUAGCCGGAUCCACUGUGAUAUCUUCGUCACCCUGGAUGUUAUGAUGUGCACUGCCAGUAUCCUCAACCUCUGUGCCAUCAGCAUCGACAGGUACACGGCAGUGGCAAUGCCAAUGCUCUACAACACCCGCUACAGCUCCAAGCGCAGAGUGACCGUCAUGAUUGCUGUGGUCUGGGUCCUGUCGUUUGCCAUCUCCUGCCCACUUCUGUUUGGACUCAACAACACCGACAAGAAUGAGUGUAUCAUUGCCAAUCCCGCCUUUGUUGUGUAUUCCUCUAUCGUCUCCUUCUACGUCCCCUUCAUUGUCACCCUGCUGGUGUACGUGCAGAUUUACAUAGUACUCCGGAAGCGCCGGAAGCGCGUCAACACCAAGCGCAGCACUCUUGGCCCGGACUCUGACACGCAGGCCCCGCUGAAGGACAAAUGCACUCAUCCAGAAGAUGUGAAGCUCUGCACAGUCAUUGUCAAGUCCAAUGGGAGCUUCCCAGUUAAUAAGCAGAAAGUGGAGGCAGUGAAUCACGUGGAAGAGAUGGAGAUGGAGAUGGUGUCCAGUACCAGCCCCCCCGAGAAAACCAAACACAAGCUAGCACCUCCAAGUAACCACCAACUCGUCGUGCCAGCCACUUCCAACCAGUGUGUUAAUUCCACCCUGCAGUCCCCCUUGAACAGCCCCGUGAAAGCAGAGAAGAACGGGCAUGCCAAAGACAACCCAAAGACAGCCAAAGUCUUUGAGAUUCAGUCCAUGCCCAACGGCAAGACUAGGACCUCCCUCAAAACCAUGAGCAGGAGGAAACUCUCUCAACAGAAGGAGAAGAAAGCCACCCAAAUGUUAGCUAUAGUGCUCGGUGUUUUCAUCAUAUGCUGGCUCCCCUUCUUCAUCACCCACAUCCUGAACAUACACUGCAAUUGCAACAUCCCCCCGGCCAUGUACAGCGCCUUCACCUGGCUCGGGUACGUCAACAGCGCGGUCAACCCGAUUAUUUACACCACCUUCAACAUCGAGUUCCGGAAAGCCUUCAUGAAGAUCCUCCAUUGCUAA